CAACGAGAAGAGCUGAUCCCAAAGGAGGUCGUCUCGAGUACGGUCAAUACGAUGUACGCACCCUUUGCAGAAAUGGGUGAUCUGCUGCGUGUAGGAAUCGCAUUGUCGGUCACAGUUUCCUUGUGCACCGGUCUGGUUGAAUCCCUGUCGGACGGUUUAAAACCACAAGUCCGACCGAUACGCAAAGUCGCUGUGAUUGGUUCGGGAAUAGCAGGAUUGGGUGUUGCCCACGCCCUAACUUCGUUAUCACACGAUGAAGAUGAUAUGGAAAUAAGCCUCUUYGACGCCAGAUCUGGGCUCAACUCUCAAGACGGAGCCGGAAUUCAACUCAACGGAGGACUUAUGGCACUUGGAAAAAUCAGUAGAAACUUGCAAACGAAGGUCAUGGAAGCAGGUUUGCCGGCGAAGAAAGUCGAAAGCAGAGCAAAAGCUUGGAAAGACCCUUCGUCUACGACAUACGACACCUUGUUGCAACUCAAUUUGGAAGAUCUUGUGAAAAAUGCCGGUGGAGCCGUAACGGAAGGUCUGGUGCAAGAUGGAGAAGUACUGUGGUACAGCAUCAUGAGAGGUGCCCUACAGGAAGUACUAGUCGACAACUUACCUACAUCCUGUCCCGUUCAAUUCGAGAAGAAACUCUCUGAUAUUGUACCUUCCGAGGAUGGAACAGGUGUAAUUUGCAAGUUUUCUGAUGAUUCGAUCUCCGGUCCUUUCGAUUUGGUUGUUGGGUGCGACGGCAUCAAGUCGGCGGUCAAGAAAUACAUUGACACAGGCAAAAUAACCGAAGGUGCUGACAGCGGAAUUUAUUCUGGGAUUCGAAUCAAAUUUGCUGUCCAAGAUGGCGAUCCAACCUUGGACUCAAAUCCAACUACCGCAGGUCUGACCCAAUAUUUCGGGGAUGGAGGAUACGGCCUGAGUGGAGUCUAUGGGAAUGGAAAGGGCAGUGCACCCACGAAAUGUGCUUUCAUGGUAUCGUUAGAUGAUGACUACAUUGGACCAUUCAAAAAAAAGGGAAAUUCAAACRCAGAAGCUGCCGAUGAAAAUGUUGCUUGGACACAGGAUGCACGUCAAAGCAUCGAAGAAGGAAAAAGCAAUAUGCUAAAUCAGGUGCGGUGUCGCGAUUUGCCGGACUUUGAACUCGGGCCAACGAUAACUAAUGCCGAUCGAUUUUUUGAGUUAGGGGUGUAUUUCCAUAAUCCUUUCAGUUUGAAGGGCUGGAGCAAAGAACUUCCGGAUGGUUCCUGGGCUGUCUUAGCGGGUGAUGCGGCUCACGCAAUGCCUCCUUUCCUCGGACAAGGCGCGAACCAGGCACUUCAAGAUGCUGUUUCUCUGGCAAGCAAAAUCUGUCAUUACAAUGACAUAGCCCAGGGACGUUGGACGCCGCCUGAAAUUGCCGAAGGAGAGGAGGAAGAGGAACCAAAAUCCUUAAAAAUUCUUUUGAAGGAAUACGAACAAAGACGAUGGUUCCCGACAACAAGCAUUACUGUGAAGUCGGCACUGAUUGGAUAUCUUGAGACUGGAGGAUUUGAUGGUUUCUACUCUAAGUUCCGCGAUGUUUUCUUUCGCACGAUGGGAAUCAUUGGCGUUGCAAAGAAAGUUUUGCUCGAUGCCGCGACUCCAAAACUCUAGUAUUCGCUAUAGUUUUGGAAGCGAUUGCUACGUAAAACACAAUAAUUGUUACCAAUGCCA